UUUCAUUAUAUGCGCGACCAUAUGGAAAUACAGAUCCCAUAUUCCAUCAUCUUCUUCACUUUCUUGUGCUUUUUCUUUGUGAUCUCCAAGCUAUCUUCUUCCAGAAACCUGUCAAAACCCUACCUCCAGGACCAUGGAAAUUACCUCUCAUUGGAAACCUACACCAACUAGUAGGGUCACUACCUCAUCGUUCUCUCACAAAUCUUGCAAACAAGUAUGGACCAUUCAUGCAUCUUCAGCUUGGACAGCUUUCCCACAUCAUAAUUUCUUCACCAGAAUAUGCCAAAGAAAUACUAAAGACACAUGAUCAGAUCUUUGCAAACAGACCCAAGAUUCUUGCCUCUGAUAUCUUUGCCUAUAAUAGCACAGACAUCGUGUUUUCCCCAUAUGGAAACUAUUGGAGACAGCUUCGAAAGAUUUGUACUUUAGAGCUUUUCUCAGCGAAGAGGGUUCAAUCAUUCAGAAGGAUUAGGGAAGAAGAGGUAUCAGCACUCGUUAGGAACAUCUCUGAACAUGAAGGCUCUUUCAUAAACCUUAGCAGAAAAAUCUUCACACUCACGAAUUCCAUAGUUGCGAGAACGGCCUUUGGGAAGAAGACAAAGAACGUAGGACAGAUCCUACAAGUUAUGGAGCAAACGGUAAAGCUAAGCUCUGGGUUAUCAAUCUCUGAUUUAUAUCCUUCACUAGAGUUUAUCAGUGUCAUCACUGGGUUGAGAGCUCGAAUGACGAAGUUGCAAAAAGAUGGAGACAAAGUAUUUGACGAAAUCAUCAGAGACCACAAAGAGAAGAAAAGAAAUAAUGUUGGAGGGGCAGAGGAGGAUCUAGUUGAUGUUCUUCUGAGGAUUCAAAAGGAUAGUGACUUUGGGAUUCCCUUAUCUCUUGAUAACAUUAAAGCUGUUCUUACAGACGUUUUCUUUGGUGGAACUGAAACAACAGCAAGUACGAUAGAUUGGGCGAUGUCCGAAUUGCUCAAGAACCCAAAAACCAUGAAAGAGGCACAAGAAGAGGUAAGAAGAGUGUUUGGAGACAAAGGAUAUGUAGAUGAAUCAGAACUUCACCAGUUAAAGUUUUUAGGUGCUGUCAUCAAAGAAACUUUAAGGCUACAUCCUCCAGGGCCAUUGGUUCCAAGAGAGAAUAGUGAGAGUUGUGUAAUUAAUGGACAUGAGAUACCUCCCAAGACAAAGAUCAUCAUUAAUAUUUGGGCCAUGGGAAGAGAUCCCAAGAGUUGGAAUAAUCCAGAGAUAUUUGAACCAAAAAGGUUUCUUGAUACGAUGGUUGAUUAUAAUUUCAAAGGUUCAAACUUUGAGUACAUCCCAUUCGGUGCUGGAAGAAGAAUAUGUCCCGGACUAGUAUUUGCUACAUCUGGUUUGGAGUUAGCACUUUCCAAUUUACUUUACCAUUUUGAUUGGAAACUACCAAAGGGAAUGAGGCUUGACGAAUUGGACAUGGAUGAGGCAUUUGGUGCAGCAAUAAGAAGGGAAAAAGAUCUGAUUUUAGUUCCUAUUGGCUAUUCCCCUUGAGCUUAUGUGUUAAUAAUUAUCUCAGUAAUGUUUCAGUCGGUUUUAGAUA